AUGAUCGGGAAAGCGAAAAAUCCUAGGGAGUUCAAACAGGUGAAGCUGUCAAUGGAGUAUGCUAACAGCAAGAAUGCAUGGAUGACAGAGAUGAUGACGAUUUUUAGAAACUGGUUUAAGAAUUCAUUUGUUGUACAAGUGCGGAAACAUUUAAAAGAGAAAAAUUUGCCAGUAAAAGCACUUUUAUUGUUGGAUAAUGCUACCUGUCAUCCAUUGUCAUUAGCUAGCUCCGAAGAAGAUAUAUGCGUAAUGCUUUUACCCCCCAAUUGCACAGCAUUAGUCCAACCAAUGGAUCAAAAUGCUAUCCGAAUUCUGAAAGUGAACUAUCGUAAAAGUUUCUUAUCAUUUAUGUUAUCAAAUUUAACCGAUAAUUUGACGGAUGUUAUUAAAAAGUUUUCUUUAAAAGACGUUGCAUUUUUGGUGACGAAUGCUUGGAACGCAGUAGGCACUAAUGUACUUCAAAAGUGUUUCAAUAGAAUCUUGAAACACGAAGAAUGGGAUUCGGAUGACGACUUGCGCCUUGCGCAAUUACGCUCUAAUCACUUAAGUGAAGUAAUGGUGGAAAUAAGUCCGGAUGUGUAUCAGAAUAAUGAAAUUACUGAAUGGAUAAAUAACGAAGAUAUAGAUCAAGGAUCCCAAAAAUAUCCCAUUCAGAUGCUAUUGCCGCAUUAA